AUGGGUAAACAAAUUUCAGAAUCUUAUAUAUCAAGUUCUCGAAUUGUUAAAGUAAAUAUAUCCUUGUCAGGAUUAUCUUGCAUGAGUUGUAUUCAUUCUAUUGAAAGUGCUUUGCAAAGACUUCAAGGUGUAAUCGUACCUUCGAUACAUGCUGAUCUACCUACGAGUAAUGUUAUUCUUGAAUUUGAUGAAUCAAUAAUCAACAUAGGACAAAUUAAAAAAGCUAUACAGGAUGCUGGCUACCAUGUUGUAGACAUAGUUGAAGAAGAGUCUUAUAUGAAAACAAUUAACAAAAAUAUGACUAAAAAUUCACCUUCCAAGACUCAGGGCAAUGAUACAACCAUACUUGCAAUAGGUGGAAUGACAUGCGCCUCCUGCGUAAAAACUAUCCAAUCGGCUGUUGAGUUUCUACCUGGUGUAACUUCCGUAAAUAUUAAUUUGCUUACCACUCAGGCUUCUAUAAAGCAUGACCAAAAUCUGGUCGGCCCACGUGAUCUUAUAGCCAAAAUCGAAGAACUUGGUUACGAACCUCAGUUAUAUUCUGAUAACGAUGGAGAUGAUACAACUAUACUUGAAAUAGGUGGAAUGACAUGCGCCUCCUGCGUACAAACUAUCCAAUCGGCAGUUGAGUUACUACCUGGCGUAGCUUCUGUAAAUAUUAAUUUGCUUACCACUCAGGCUUCUAUAAAGCACGACCGAAAUCUGAUCGGUCCACGUGAUCUUAUAACCAAAAUCGAAGAACUUGGUUACGAACCUCAACUAUAUACAAAAGGGCCUUCUAAUAACAAUGGAAAUUCUAUUCGCCAACGUGCCGAGAAAGAACAGAAGAAGAAGAUGAAAGGAUUUCUCAUUUCUUUAAUUUUUGCUGUUCCAACAUUCUUCAUUACUAUGAUCUUCAUGAUGGCUUUACCAGAAUCGAAUUCAAUUCGUAUGGGUUUGGAAUAUCAAAUCAUACCUGGUUUAGAAGUUAAUACUUUGAUUCUAUUUAUUUUCGCUACACCUGUCCAAUUCAUUCUCGGUUAUCCAUUCUACAUAAAAGGAAUUCGUUCUAUUUGGUAUUCUCAUCAAGCAAAUAUGGAUACUCUAGUAGCUGUUGGCACAACUGUUGCUUAUGUUGGAUCAUUACUUAAUGUAUUAAUACCAAUUGUACAAAUGAGUAGUAAUCCAGGUCAACAAUUUUUUGAAACUAGUAUAUUUCUUAUUACUUUUAUUUAUCUUGGAAGAUGGUUGGAAGCAAGAGCAAAGGGGAAAACUUUUGAAACUAUUACAAAGUUAAUGGAGUUACAGCCUGAAAAUGCAACUCUUUUAACUAUCACUCUUGAUGAGAAAAAAAAUGAAAUUAUUGACGAACGUGAAAUUGGUUUAGAACUUGUUCAAAUUGGAGAUAUUCUUAAAGUUAAUGCUGGUGCACGGAUUCCGUGUGAUGGAAAAAUAUUUCGCGGCACAGCAUCCUUGGAAGAAUCCAUGUUGACAGGCGAAUCCAUUCCUGUGACAAAGCAUGAAGGCGAUGACGUGAUAGCUGCAACAAUUAAUUUAUCAUCUUCAAUUUGGAUAAAAGCUACACGUGUUGGUUCUGAUACUACUAUUUCACGUAUUAUCGAUCUCGUUCAACAAGCUCAAUCAGGCAAAAAGGCUCCAAUUGAAUCUUUGGCUGAUAAAAUAGCUCAAGUAUUUGUUCCUGUAGUAAUAUCAAUUGCUAUUCUUGAUUUCAUUUUAUGGAUUUCUCUUAGUGCUACGGGCCACAUACCAACUGAUUGGCUACCUGAAGGUGAAAAUCCUGUAAUUUUUUCUCUUUUCUUUGCCAUAUCGGUUAUGGUAAUUGCUUGUCCUUGUGCUAUGGGUCUGGCAUCACCUACUGCUAUUAUGGUUGGUACUGGUGUGGCCGCAAAUCACGGUAUUCUGAUUAAAGGAGGUGGUGAAGCAAUAGAAACAGCCUUCCGAUUGGAUACUAUUGCAUUUGAUAAGACUGGAACUUUGACUUAUGGAAAACCACAAGUUGUUGGCUCUGACUUUUUAUGUGAAAAACAAAACUUUAAUCUUGAAAGUGAAGAUUCUCAAAAUGAUUUAUUAUUAUUGAAAAUAAUUAGUCUUAUAGAAUCUUCAAGUGACCAUCCUUUAUCAAAAGCAAUAACACAAUAUGCUAACGAAAUUUUAUUAAAAAGUAAAAGGAUACCUACUACUCAUGUAACUUUAGACUCUGUUAAGGAAAUUACUGGCAAGGGUCUUGAAACUAUAGUAACCAUUCAUUGUACUGUACCAACAGUCUAUGAUGUCUUUAUCGGUAAUGAAGAAUGGUUAAAAGAGAAUGGUUGUGUUUAUCCACCUUAUGUCGAUCAAGAAAUAGCAAACAAAACACUACUAGAUUGGAAGAAAUUGGGUUAUUCAAUCGUUCUUAUUGGUCUUUCUCCUCAUUUUUCUGACAAAAGCCAAAGGAUCGAUCCUGGAUACAUCUUAGUACAAUUAGGAAUAGCCGAUACACCAAGACCUGAUGCUGCAAAAACUAUCAAACUAUUAAAAUCUCAUGGUAUUCAAGUUUGGAUGAUAACUGGUGAUAAUCAAAUAACUGCAAAAGCCAUUGCCUCAAAACUUGGAAUUGAGAACUUUUUUGCCCAAAUUACGCCUGAGCGAAAAGCUGAAAAAAUCAAAUGGUUACAGCAGCAUGGUCGCACCACCGUAUACCAUAACAAGCAUUUUAAUUUCUUUUCAUCAAUUAAAAAUAUGUUUCAAAAAAAUGGGGUUCCACACGAUAUUGAAACAGUAAUAUCGAAACGAGCAACAGUUGCAAUGAUAGGUGAUGGAAUUAAUGAUUCACCAGCAUUAGCACAAUCAGAUUUACCGAUUUCUAUAGCAAAUGCUACAGAUGUGGCGAUUGAAUCUUCAUCUGUAAUACUUACAAGAGCAACUUUGACUUCUUUAAUUACAUUAUUAUUGUUAUCAAGAAAAAUUAUUUGGAGAAUUAGGUUAAAUUUUUUAUGGGCAUAUAUUUACAAUUCUUUGGCUAUACCAAUUGCAGCUGGAGCUUUAUUCCCACUGACCAAAUUUGGGAUGAGGCCAGAAAUGGCAAGCUUGGCGAUGGUUUGUAGUAGUGUUAGUGUGGUUUUGAGUAGUUUGAUGUUGAAACGAUUUAAAGAACCAAAAUAUUAG